AUGAGAAGAACUGAUAAAGAGGCCAACGUUGUUCUGAACAUUCCUGUGAUGAACUCAUGUGAAGUUAAUCAUCAAAGUCCAAUCCGAUACAUUGAUAGUAGUACUGCUGAUGACGAUGAAGAAGUCAUCGGUAUAAUAACUCUGGAAGAUGUCAUGGAGGAACUAAUACAGGAAGAAAUUUAUGAUGAGACAGACCGGUAUGUCGACAUUCAUAAAAGGAUAACAAUAAACGUGCCGGUACCUGGAAAUUCGAAGCCACAAUCGCCGGAAACUGCCACGGGUGCUUCGGAGCUAGCAUCUCCUAUCUCGCCGUAUCGCUCAUGUCCACUGUCGCCGAACAUCAUGAUCUCUACUCUGCUUCGGUCACCGUUAAAUUCACCUUACCGUCAGUCUCCGUUUCUCAGGCCGACACUUUACUCUUCUCCACCUUCACAACCUCCUUCGGCGCUAUCUCCGGACAGCAAUGACCGUUAUUACUAUAUGUCUCCUAGUGGGGUGUUGAGGAAAUCGUACGUGAAGCUACCAAGAUCAAAUGGUUCGUAA